UUCCGAUACCCCAGACAUUUUGACACAACUUGUAAAUUUCUUCCAUUAAUGAACCUUGAAAAAACGCCAUUGAAGAAUCUUCUUGACGAUUAAACGCUUGUGGGAGUGUGUAUCGGCUUCGUAAGACCAACCGAAGAAGCUUCGUCUUGCUAAUUUGGUUCUUCAUUAUCGGAAAGAUGACAUGGCUACCUGAGAUUGACGUUGCGACGCCGUCAAAUUGAGUUUCGAAAUUCGUCAACCGCCUAAGAUGGAUUAUUCAACGAAGCGUUCCACCUCCAACAAAAGCAAACUCGUUCGUACUUUCGCAAAAGUUCUCCACAUUCGAUCUACAACACUCUCCGAUAAUUUCCAGAAAACAAAAACAUCGGAAAAUAUCAAUAAUAAUGAGAAGAUUAAAGAAGAAAAGCUUCGUGAAAAAGCAACAAUGGCAGCCUUCAUCUCCAAACUUUUCGCCACAAUUUCUUCCAUCAAAUCCGCUUACGCUCAAUUACAAUACGCCCAAUUCCCUUACGACGCAGAAGGAAUCCAAUCAGCCGAUCAAAUCGUUGUCGCCGAUUUGAAAACAUUAUCCGAAUUAAAACAAUCCUUUUUAAAAAAACAUCUUGACGAUUCUACCCCUGAAAUGACCCUACUCUUUUCAGAAAUCGAAGAACAAAAGAACCUCGUGAAAACAUACGAGAUAACGUGUAAGAAAUUGGAUAAUCAAACGAAGCUCAAAGACUCGGAAAUCAUUUUUCUAAAAGAAAAAUUAGAAGAAAACAGAAGAGAAAACAAAUCGAUUGAAAAAAGAUUGAAUUCAAGCGGAACUUUAUCCAAUUUAUGGAAUUUCGAUUUUUUGUCAUUGAAACCUACCAAUUUUGUCUCGGUUUUUAAACAAACGACAAAAUCGAUUCGGAAUUUGGUGAAGUUUAUGAUCAUCGGAAUGGAAUCAGCAAACUGGAAUUUGGAUUCCGCCGCGAGCGCGAUCCAUCCAGGCGUAGUGUACUGGGACCCAACGCAUAUAUGCUACGCAUUCGAGUCAUUCGUGUGUAGAGAGAUGUACGACGGAUUCAACUUUCCGGAGUUUUCGAAACACGGGAAUCGUCAAUGCCGACGUUUCUUCUUCGAUAAGUUUACGGAAUUGAAGACUUUGAAAGCGAGGGAGUACGUGACAUCGGAACCGGAAUCGAAAUUCGCCGUAUUCUGUCGGUCAAAGUAUCUGAAUCUCGUUCAUCCGAAGAUGGAAAUGUCCCUUUUUGGGAAUUUGAGUCAACGGGAUUUGGUCAACGCUGGAGAGUUCCCGGAAACGGAUUUUUUUGAUUUGUUUUUGGAGUGUGCUAAAAGGGUUUGGGUUUUACAUUGUCUGGCUUUCUCGUUUGAACACGUGGCAAGUGUAUUCCAGGUGGCAAAAGGGUGUCGGUUUUCUGAAGUGUUUAUGGAUAGUGUAAAUGAAGAGGCGUUUUUGUCGGCGGGAAGUUCGCCGGAGGUGGGAUUUACGGUGGUUCCUGGGUUUAAAUUGGGUAAGACCGUCAUUCAGUGUCAGGUGUAUACGAUUUGAUCACCGGAUAUGAUUCCACCUGUCACCGGUCUGACGGUGGGUGGACGGUGGUUAAAAGUCUCCAAUUUUGUUAAUAUAGUAGUAGUGGAAAAAUGUGUAUUUGUGAACUUUAUUCGUUAUAAUUGAAUUUUGUAUAUUAGUUUUGCCAUUUAUGUAUUCACAAGAUACAAACAAAUAUAGUUAGUUUUUUGUGUAUUGUAAAAAAAAAAAAAAACAAAAAAACAAAAAUUGGUUGGGG